AUGUCUGAGCUCAAUGAAAGCAGCUUCGAUCCUAUCACCUUCGUCCUGACGGGCAUCCCGGGCAUGGAGGAGUCCCACAUCUGGAUCUCUGUCCCCUUCUGUCUGAUGUACAUCACUGCCGUGUUCGGCAACUCCGUCCUUCUCUUUGUCAUCAUCACGGACAGGAGCCUCCACGAGCCCAUGUAUCUCUUCCUCGCUAUGCUGGCUGUUGCUGACCUCAUGCUUUCCACCACGACGGUGCCCAAAAUGCUGGCGAUCUUCUGGUUCAGCGCCAGGGAGAUCUCCUUCGAUGCCUGCAUUACACAGAUGUUCUUCACCCAUUUCAGCUUCAUCGUGGAAUCGUCCGUUCUGCUGGCGAUGGCGUUUGACCGGUACGUGGCCGUCUGCGACCCGCUGCGGUACUCUUCAACCUUAACCCCCUCGGUGAUCGGGAAGAUAGCGGUGAUUGCCGUUGUCCGGGGCUUCUGCAUCAUUUUUUUUUUUAAGCGGCUGCCCUACUGCGGGCACAACGUCAUCCCGCACACCUACUGCGAGCACAUGGGCAUCGCCCGCCUGGCCUGCGCCGACAUCAAAGCCAACGUCUGGUACGGGCUGACCACGGCUCUGCUCUCCUCCGGCCUGGACGUCGUGCUCAUCACUGUCUCUUACGCUCUGAUCCUCAGGACGGUCUUUCGGCUUCCGUCCCCGGAGGCUCGUCUCAAAACCCUGAGCACCUGUGGCUCCCACCUCUGCGUGAUCCUCAUGUUCUUCGUGCCCGCCUUUUUCUCCUUUCUCACGCAUCGGUUUGGCCACCACAUCCCAAGCCACGUUCACAUCCUCCUGGCCAACCUCUACGUCGUGGUCCCACCGAUGCUCAACCCCAUUGUGUACGGGGUGAGGACAAGGCAGAUCCGGGAGCGUGUCGUCCGUCUCUUCUGCCCCGCGGGGGAAUGCCUCUGCCCCAGAUGGGGGAGCAGGUGCUGA